CUCAUUGGAUACAGAAGGACAGAAUUGUGAGACUGUAUUUCUGCAAAUGGUCCAGAUGCUCUGUCCUGCACUGGUGCCUCCUUUCCCAGAGACUCCACUGACCUGGCGUGGGCCAGGCACCACUUGGCUUUUGCUUCUCCUUGAUCUCCUCCUGGAGCAAGAGCAGCACCUGCUCCAUCAUGGUAUGUUCCUGUACUGCACAACCUGCUGGAUCAAAUCAUCCAGGAUGGAGCAGAUCAGCCUAUGCAGCCCUUUCCUACAAGAGACAUCCAAGGAGCGCUCAGGAGGGCAGAGUCCGGGGCUACCCCUGCUUGCAGCACCCUCAGCCAGGUCCAUAGCUGUGCUCCGUAGGUGAGCCAGCUCUCAUGAACCUUUACACCUUGGGUGUGGCAGGAGGGUGGAGGUUCCAGGGCUCCUGGGCACCAGAGCACAUGGAAUCCUGAGAGGUAUGGGGGCCCUGGGUGGCAGAGCUGUCUCUGCACCUCCACAACCCCAUGGCACUCAUUAAAGGGGCUGUGUCUGGGGAAGAAGUGCAGACAGGUGGGACGAGAGAUGAUGCUGGGCUCCAUUCCUGACCCCUCAUGGCUUGGACUUAGUGCCUGGCCAGCAUCCACAUUACCGAAGUAUCUUACUGGGAUCAGGGCAUGCUCCCAUGGCACUGGCAAUACCUCUUCCACGUGUGAAUUGGGCUGGACUUUGCCUGAUAGGGCACUGCCCCGGGCACAGUCCUGGCACAGGACCCAGUACUGCCUCAGGCACAGUCCUGGCACAGGUGCCAGCCAGUUCGGAGGUUGUGGAGGCUGCCAGCAGGGAAGACAGCCAGUGCUGUGUGGACCCACUGUCAACCAUGGAGCAGGAAGCUGAAAUCACACAGGAGAUGGGAAGCCUCCAUGGCAUCCCCCUCUACAAGAGCUUCAUCGAGGGCUGGCCACAGGUGAAGGCUUUCCAAGCCCGUCCAGAUGACCUGCUCAUCUCUACCUACCCCAAAUCGGGCACAACGUGGCUGAGCGAGAUCAUGGACAUGAUCUACCACGAUGGCGAUGUGGAGAAGUGCCGACGGGAUGCCAUCUACAACCGUGUGCCCUUCCUGGAGUUGAAGGCCCCCAUGGAAACAAGUGGUGUUGAGCUGCUGGAGAACACCCCAUCCCCACGGCUGGUAAAGACCCAUCUCCCAGUCCAGCUCCUCCCAACCUCCUUCUGGGAGAAGGACUGCAAGAUUAUCUACAUGGCCCGCAACCCCAAGGAUGUUGCCAUCUCCUACUACUACUUCCACCAGAUGGCCAAGAUGCACCAUGACCCUGGCACAAAGGCUGAGUUCUUGGAGAACUUCAUGGCUGGCAAAGUGCCCUACGGAUCCUGGUACGACCAUGUGCGCGGAUGGUGGGAAAAGAAGCAGGAGAAGAAGAUACUCUACCUCUUCUAUGAGGACAUGAAGAAGGACCCACGGCAGGAGGUGCAGAAGAUCUUGCAGUUCCUGGGCAAGGAGUUGGCAGAGGGAACAGUGGAUAGGAUUCUGCACCACACCUCCUUCCAGGAGAUGAAGAAGAACCCUGCUGCCAACUAUGAGACCGUGCUCCCCACCUUGAUGGAUCACAGCAUCUCCCCCUUCCUCCGGAAAGGGAUCUCUGGAGACUGGAAGAACCACUUCACUGUGGCCCAGAACGAGCGCUUUGAUCAGCACUACCAGAAGCUCAUGGCAGGCUCUGACCUCCACUUCCAGAUGGAAGUGUGAGAGGCUCAUCUCCCUUCCCAGGAGGACUGUGCUUCCCCCUGCUCUCCCAGUGGGGAGGAUGGAUCCAGAUGGAGAUUCUUGCACUAAUUCACUUUUCUCCUUGCAAUAAAUUGUGAUAAACAGA